AUGGACCACUGCGCUGCGGUGCUCCGAAAUUUCCCACCAACCGCCGGGAAUGCAGCGUCUCUUUACGACGAUGUCUACGAUAAGCUAAUCAAAGCUCACAUCAACCGUGUCCAACGACUCUUCAAAGACUCGGCAGCAGUCGUUGCCGCCCACGCAAUAGAGCUUCUUAAUUCCUUAGACCCCGCUACCCACACGUAUUCCUAUCUCUCCCUCAUCGACACGAUAUUGCCAGCAGAUGCGGCCCUCUACGAUUCCUCCGAGCCCAUCGUGGCGGAGAAGAUUCUCGCGUUCCUAAUGGCCUUUGACCCGCGCCAGGUACGCUAUGUCGGCUCUGCGUUCACACAUCUGUUCACGGCCGUGGGAUCAGGCAGGAUCAUCCCGGCCUCUAUUGCGGUGGAGGCACUUGCACAAGCUCUCCAGAAGCUCGACCCCUCCGGAGCCAUGCUCACGUCCAACCACCUGGCCCUUGCCAGGCUCGCAUACCACACCGACAACGCCCUUCCCGCUCUGGCCGCUCUCAACAAAGACAUCGUUUUCUUCCCGGGGGCAGCGCCGCACAGAGAGACUGAGCGGCUCUGCAGCCUCAGCCUGCCGCCACCAUCGUUCAUAUCCAAGGACACGGGCCUGACGCUGCCGCUCAAGAGCACGCAAGUGUUGGACUUUGACCACCUGGUCGGCCUGCUCAACUGCUCCGUUCGCGACUGGGAAGCCUCUCAUGCGGCCUUUGCGCGUGUGAUCUCCCACCCGACACGGGACAAUGGCGUGUCGAAGAUUAUGAUCGAAGCGCACAAGAAAUGGGUUCUGACUGGGCUCCUACUGAAUGGCAAGGUUCCGACAACACCGCCAAAUACGACGCCCUACGUCAGCAAAGCGUUUUCUGUGGUCAACAAGGCGUACGUGCAAAUGGCCGAGAACUUUGAGUCCCCCAGCGCCGAGAUGCUGGUGGCAGAGGCCACGCCGAGCACCGGUGUCUUUUUGGCAGACGGAAACGAGAGCUUGGUGAAGGAGGUCCUGUCAGCACACCCCAAGUGGCAGAUUGCACACCUGCGCAAGGUGUAUGUAACGGUGUCGAUAGCAGACAUCCGCACAACGAUUAAGGACUCACCCCCGACCACAGUACCCGGAAGCGAUGCGGAGACGGAAAGUCUCCUGCAGGGCAUGAUUGACACGGGCAUGAUUAGGGCGGCCAUCCGCAGACCAGCAGCAGCAGCAGCAGCAGCAGCAGCAGAAGGAGAGGCAGCAGGUGCCAGCGAAAACACAUAUCUUGAGUUCCUGCCAGAAGAAGAGAUGACCGAGGCGGAUUUCGCCAAGGAGAUGGCAGUGGCAGUGAAGCGAAUCCGGGUGCUCAAGCCGCUAUACAAGGUGACGAACGAGCAGCUGAGUCUGAACCGGGACUACUUGAAACAAGUGCUCCGGGAUCAGAAGCGCGAGAAGGAGGCGGCCGAGCGGGAGGGCACAGGAGCGGGCUCUUCUAUCGGGGAUGGCCUGUUUUACGAGGCAGACCCAGACGAUGAGGAUCUCAUGACGGGUCCCUAG